GGAAAAAUUAUCACAAAAAGAAAAAAGACCAAUUCAAACAUUCAACGACCCAAAAAAAACAAAAACACUUUCAACCAAUUUAGUUGAUUCUGCCGCCUUCAACCAUUUUUGUUGCAUGGUUCUUUUUCCAACUUUGCAUUUAACCGGUCCUUUACCACCGGUCAAUCACAAUUUCUAGUCAUCCAAGACUAAAUCGGGCCUAAUCUAUUGCACCAAGCCACCAAUCAACUUUAAUUAUCCAUAAAACGACACUAUCUAUUGGCAGAAGCUUCAUUAGUCUUUUUCUUCGUGAGACCCUUUGAAACGAGGACGGAGGAAGUUUCCUUUGAAUAAUGCAGCAUUUUCAACAUAGAAAAUUCUCCAAACGCAACGCAGAAAUGACCUCUGCUUUCUCCAACGUCAAACUUGUUUAGUUUUAUCUAUGUCAUCUCUCUAAUUCUCUUGUAAAUCUCAAUAAUACCUCUUCACUUAAUCUUUUUAAUAUUUCUCUUUUGGAUGGUGAGGAUUUGUGUUUUCAUGGUUUUCUUGUUGUUCUUCGCUCCUUCUCCAGUCUCCGCUGGUUUCUAUACAAACUCCUCAGCCAUUCCGCCGCAGCUUCUCCGAAACGCCACCGGGAACCCCUGGAACUCAUUCUUGAAUUUCACUGGAUGUCACGCCGGCAAGAAGUACGAUGGUCUCUAUAUGCUCAAACAAUAUUUUCAACAUUUUGGCUACAUCACCGAAACUAAUCUCUCCGGAAACUUCACUGACGACUUCGACGAUAUUCUCAAGAACGCCGUCGAAAUGUACCAGAGAAACUUCCAGCUAAACGUCACCGGAGUACUCGACGAGCUCACUCUCAAACACGUUGUGAUCCCACGUUGCGGCAACCCCGACGUAGUCAACGGCACCUCAACUAUGCAUAGCGGUAGGAAAACCUUCGAGGUUUCCUUCGCCGGGCGGGGACAACGCUUCCACGCCGUUAAACACUACUCUUUCUUCCCCGGAGAGCCACGGUGGCCGAGAAAUCGUCGUGAUCUAACCUACGCUUUCGACCCGCGAAACGCGUUGACCGAAGAGGUCAAGAGCGUGUUCUCACGCGCUUUCACUCGUUGGGAGGAGGUGACUCCACUAACGUUCACACGCGUGGAGAGGUUCUCGACCUCUGACAUCAGCAUCGGAUUCUACUCCGGAGAGCACGGAGACGGAGAACCGUUCGACGGCCCAAUGAGAACGCUAGCACAUGCGUUCUCGCCCCCGACGGGACACUUCCAUCUAGACGGAGAAGAGAACUGGAUCGUCUCCGGCGAAGGAGGCGACGGUUUUAUCUCCGUGUCUGAGGCUGUUGAUCUAGAAUCGGUGGCUGUUCACGAGAUUGGACAUCUUCUAGGGUUAGGCCAUUCCUCGGUAGAAGGUUCGAUCAUGUAUCCAACCAUCAGGACGGGUAGGCGUAAAGUUGAUUUAACGACCGAUGACGUGGAAGGAGUCCAAUAUUUGUACGGUGCGAAUCCUAACUUCAAUGGUUCUAGAUCUCCACCACCGUCCACUCAACAACGAGACACUGGCGAUUCUGGUGCUCCUGGUAGAAGCGACGGUUCUAGAUCGGUUUUGACUAAUCUACUUCAGUAUUAUUUUUGGAUUAUAUUUGGAUUAUUUUUGUAUUUAGUGUAGAUGAUUGGAUUAGUUCAUUAAUUUACAGAUUAUUAAGACACGGUUUGGAUUAUUUUUCCUAGAUUGGUUCUUCAUUCAUGCAUAGUUUCUCUUUUUGAACAUAAUAGUAUACUUUUUUUUUUGUUACUAAUU